AAACGUCACGCAUCCUUCAUCCCCCAACCUCCUUCCUCAUCUCCCCCUCUCUCCCCUCAUCUCCCCCGUUCUCCCCUCAUCGUCAGCGCUCUCCCCUCAUCUUUCCUGCUCGUUCCUCACCUCCCCCGCUCUCCCCAACCCCCGCUCCCCCUGCCCCACCCCCCCCCGCCCCCCCAUCUCCCCUCAUUUCCUUGCGUGCUUCGCUUAUCUCUACGCUCUUCCUUGCCCCGUUUUUUGCACCCACCCUUCAUCUCCCCACCACUCUCUGCCUCCCCUCCUCUUCUCACAUUCCCCCACACACCCUUCAUCUCCCUUCCCUCCCUCCCCACCGCCCCCCCACUCAACCGUCAUCUUCCUCCUCUCCCUUCCCACAACGUUCUCUCUUCCCCCCCGCCCUUGCCUUUCCUCAGCUCACCCCUCAUCUACCCCGCCCAUUCACUCCUCAUUACCUUCUCAUAUCCCCUCCCUUCAGACCCCUUUUUGUACGAAUCGCCACAGGAACAAGCCUUUGGCGACUCUGCUGCGGAUUCCGCAGAUAGAGUAG